UGGUGAAAGGAGGCGGCGAAGGAGGAGCCCGGGCGGCCGCUGCCAGCCCCGGGCACCGGAGUCCUGCCCGCUGCCGCGCGAGUAGCCACGGGCGCGACUGGGGCCAGAAGUCGGCUGCUCCAUGAUCACUCUGGGAGCCGGGAGGAGACUUUGCCCGGCCGUGCGAGCGGCUCUGCGUUUCCCAGGCGAGGCAGCGGCGGAGCAGAGGCGGCAGCCGGGUCCGGGUCGGAGCGACCAUAGCCCGGGGCGUGUGCACCCCGCGUGGAGAAGGCUCGGGUUCCCCACGGAAUGUCCCCGGGGCGCCCGGCGCGCUGACCCCCCAGCCGCCUCCGCCUUCGGCGCUCGCCGCCUCUCGCGGUCCGGCUCACUGUUCGGGACUGCAGGCUCCGGGGCUUCUGGGCAGGGGGGAAGCCCCCGGGGGCGGGUGUCCUCAGCGGGCCACGACCCAGCCCUCCCCCGAGCGUAUCUCGCUUAAGAUGGCAGCGGAGUCAGGGGAACUAAUCGGGGCUUGCGAGUUCAUGAAAGAUCGGUUAUAUUUUGCUACUUUAAGGAAUAGACCAAAAAGCACAGUAAAUACCCACUAUUUCUCCAUCGAUGAGGAGCUGGUCUAUGAAAAUUUCUAUGCAGAUUUCGGACCUCUGAACUUGGCAAUGCUGUACAGAUACUGCUGUAAACUAAACAAGAAACUGAAAUCAUACAGUUUAUCAAGGAAGAAAAUAGUGCACUACACCUGUUUCGAUCAGCGGAAAAGAGCGAACGCAGCGUUUCUGAUAGGUGCUUAUGCUGUCAUCUAUUUGAAGAAGACGCCAGAAGAAGCCUACCGAGCUCUGCUGUCUGGCUCCAACCCCCCCUACCUUCCAUUCAGGGAUGCUUCCUUCGGAAACUGCACUUACAACCUCACCAUCCUCGACUGCCUGCAGGGAAUCAGAAAGGGAUUACAGCAUGGGUUUUUCGACUUUGAGACGUUUGAUGUGGAUGAAUACGAACACUAUGAGCGAGUUGAGAACGGCGACUUCAACUGGAUUGUCCCCGGGAAAUUUUUAGCAUUCAGUGGACCACAUUCAAAAAGCAAGAUUGAAAAUGGUUACCCUCUGCAUGCCCCCGAAGCCUAUUUCCCUUACUUCAAAAAGCACAACGUGACCGCCAUCGUGCGGCUGAACAAAAAGAUUUACGAGGCCAAGCGCUUCACGGACGCCGGCUUUGAGCACUACGACCUCUUCUUCAUUGACGGCAGCACGCCCAGCGACCACAUCGUGCGGCGGUUCCUGAACAUCUGCGAGAACACGGAGGGGGCCAUCGCCGUCCACUGCAAAGCUGGCCUUGGGAGGACGGGCACCUUGAUAGCCUGCUACGUCAUGAAGCACUACAGGUUCACGCACGCCGAGAUCAUCUCCUGGAUCCGGAUCUGCCGCCCGGGCUCUAUCAUCGGGCCCCAGCAGCACUUCUUGGAAGAAAAGCAGGCAUCGUUGUGGGUUCAAGGAGACAUUUUCCGAUCCAAACUGAAAAACAGACCGUCCAGUGAAGGAAGCAUUAAUAAAAUUCUUUCUAGCUUGGACGACAUGUCUAUUGGCGGAAACUUUUCCAAACUACAAAACCCGGAGAGAUUUGGAGAGAAUUCUUUAGAAGAAGAAGAAGACGUGGAGAUGAAGAACAGCAUAACCCAGGGAGACAAACUACGUGCCUUAAAGAGCCAGAGGCAGCCCCGCUCCUUGCCCACCUGCGCAUUUAGGUCGGACGACGUCAAAGGGCACCCGAGGGCCAUGUCCCAGCCGUUCAGGUUGCCUUCUUCCCUACAAGGGUCUGCGUCCACUCUGAAGCCCUCGAAAGUGGCUUCGUCUCCUUCAGCCACGGCCAAGCGGAUAAACAGAGGCUCCCUGUCCUCGGGCGCCAAUGUUAGAAGCUUCUCCAUAAACUCCCGACUGGCCAGCUCUCUGGGGAACUUGAACGCCGCCGCAGACGACCCGGACAACAGGAGGAUUUCAUUCUCCAAGGCAGCCCUCCUGGCCACCCCCUUCACCAACCUCCUCAACGGCAGCUCCCAGAUGCCUGACCCGAAUUACCCCGAGCUCAACAACAACCAGUACAGCAGGAGCACCCCGAGCAGCCAGCCGGGCCCCCAGGGCGCCAAGACCGAGGAGCAGGCCGCCGUCACCGCCGCGGCCGCCAUCCUCCGACCCUCCUACCCGGGCCUGUCCUCCUCCUCGGCCCGGUUCCUGAGCCGCUCCAUCCCCGUAAGUUCCCAGACACCACCUCGGGGCCCUCCGAGCCCCGGUCGCAACUUCUGCGCCUCGCGGUCCUCGCCCAGGCUGCUGCCCAAGAAGUUCAACAGCACCAAGGAGGCCUUCUGAGCCCUCUGUGCUGUGACACCGUCUAGGCACGUCCCCGCCGCCGGCUCCUCGCCAAGUAAACGCCCAGUUUCCACCGGGGCUCUUCUUCCUCUUGUUUCUCCUCCGCCCCCUGCUUGUCUGGUGGCUUCCCUGAGCAGGAAAUCGCUUCUGUCCCCUUGGUCAGGUGUGCGAGUGACCCAGGCGGGUUCUCGUCAGGUUUCCCAUCCCUCUGCCCACCCGCCACGGUGGCUGCGAGUGUGGAGGGUGGGACGAUGGCUUCUCAGAACCAGCCGCUAUGCCCGGGAGUCGGUGGCCUCUGCAGGGAGCUGACCCAGAAUUAAUUCGGGGCCAGGAAGGCUCACGGGGGUGGAGGGGCAGGGAAGGCAAGUGUCCGGAGGGUGGUUCGGGUGAGCCGCCCUCUUCCUAGAGACGGGACGCGAGCUCUCCCAACAGCCCCGGCCCACGGGCUCUUCUGCUGGCCGCCGGCCCCCGCUUCAUGCCCAGCGAGCCCAUCGGGCGAGUCUGUUGGUCCACACCCUGCUGUCAAUCACUCUCAGCAAAGGGAGUGGAGGUCUCUGGGCAUGUGAGCUCUGAUCUGAGUGGACAAGGACAGGGAAGGCAGGAGACAGAGCUCGCACAGACUGGGGGGCUGCAGACCCACGGGAGGGGUCCCCCUAGUUCCCCACGAGGCUCAGCACAGCUCCGGGGUCACCUUCGUGCCCGCUGCUCUUCUCCUCCAGAUUAUCCAGGGGGAGGCUGGUUUCUGUGGGCGGGGAGGGGCCUCGCUGGGGCAGCGUGCCUGCCCCCCCACACUGGGCGAAGCGGUAACCCCGUGGGUGACCGUGAGUGGGACCCACUUUCCUCAGAUGGCAGAUUAGAAGCUACUUUUUUCUAACACGACGAUGCCGUGUGAAUGGUGUGCAUGUGUGUGUGCACACGUAUAUGAGUGUGUGAGAGUGUGUGCAUACACGUUUGGUGGUGGAACUGAAGAACAUGCCCACGUGUCUCCGGCCUCUUUCAAGUCCCUCCCUGGGCAGGUCCACACACAGUCCCUCUUCUGGCUCAUGUAAUUUUCCCAUCUGAUUUUUUCCUAAGGAUGUUUCUAAACAUUACCCCACGGCGUUAGGGCUGUGCGUGCGUCAGUGAACCCUGACUCCUAGUGGCUGUGGCUUAGCUGGGAAACGACGGUGUAUUUAGGUUUUCAUAACCAGGUCCGGAGGCCACGGACUCUGCAGCAGAAAUUGCGUCCUGUCCGCAUUUUCAUGCACUGAGUGAGGGCCACUCUCCUUUUAGACCCAAGCGUAGUCUUUCCCCUUUUAGAGGAAGCGUUAGACGCAGAGAAACUUAGCCGCACAAACACCCGGCGGGGGUUUUGGGCAGCCGGCAUUGUUCAGGGCGGGACACCAGGGCCCGGCGGCCGGGCGGGCUGGACGGGAGUGGCGGUCUGUCUUCUGGACCCCUGGUCCCCUCCCUGCCCGUGGAAUUCUGUAUCUGGACAGUCGUUGGUUCCCUCGCCCCUCCAUGUUUCUAUGACGUGAGUUUGGUCUCGGUCUGUGUUUUCUCAUUUUUCUCCUCCUCCUCCCCCUUUCUGGCCUGAGUAAUUUUCCAGUAAUUAAAUUUAAAGUUAAUUGGCUGCGUGGGCGGCUGCUGCUGGUUCCCUCUUCUCCCUCUUGAAUUUGUCAUUUGAUUGUGAGGGACGAGCAUUUCUAAAUUCGGGAAGGGGGGGGGGUCAGCACAGUGGUGUUUUUCUUUCUCUGACCUUCCCAGGAAACAGAGAGCUGGCUCUCCCUCCUUUAUCUUUGCCUAAAAACAAACAAAGGAAAAACAAACAAACCCCCCUGUCUUUUUGGAGAGGGAAGCCGCCAAGCCCUACCCCUGCUGGCUCUCGGGCAGAAAGUGUCCGAGUUAGGACGCAAACCCCCGUCCGCUGUGGCAGAAAGGAGGCCGUGAGGCUCCUGUCCUGCUGGUUCAGUGCAAGCUCUUCUGACAGCUGAGGGCUUCUGGUCUAAACAAUGGCGUCCUUCUCUCUAAUGCUUCUGAAGACGCUCGGCCUGCGGCCCUCAAAGCCGCAGGAGGAAGUCACUCAGCAGUGUUGUCAAGUCCCUCGGCAGCACAGGGAGGCUCUGGGGCAGCACCUUCGAGAACCUCCUAGGGGUGGGGGUGGCAGGUGUUCUGGGGGAGCUGCCUAAUGGUUUAAAAGCUGUAAUUAGCGUCUCUUUUGAAAGCUGCGCUUUCUCCCUCGUUCUUUGCAGCAACUCAGCCCCCAGAAAAAAUGGAGAAAUGAUUUCCUCGGUCUGUCGUGAACUGCUAUCAUGCAGAAAACAAGAGCGAAUGUUGAGGAACCCUUCUGGCCAGGUUGGGGUGCUGAGACACAGAUCCCGUUUUUAUUUUUCCGGCCUCCUCGGCUGGCCUCGAGGUCGGUCCUUGCAGAGCGAGGGGCCGGGUGUGAUCUGCACGCCCCGACCCCGUGAGAACUCAGUGCCCCUUCUCUGAACCCAGAGGAGGCGGCUGCAAAUGCUUUGGAACAAGGGCCUUGUGACGAUGCAGUGGGUGGGGGGAAGUAUCUUAUUAAGCUGAGGUCACUUGAGGUAUCUGUCUUGGGUAUAGGACCUGUUUUACUUUGAAGAGACCGCCCACCGAGGUGGACGCGCGUCUGCACUGCCCUCCCCUGACCCGUGAGCCCAGGUCGGCCCCGGGGCUUCCCCGCAGCCUUGGUCUUGGGUCUCCUCACUGUGCGUUGCAGUCAUCUGUUCGCUUGGCUGCAGCCCCGGCCAGGCCGUCGGCUGCGGGCGGGCAGGGCCGGGGCCUCUGGUUUGUACAGUUGUGAGCUCUGAGCCUAGCACAUAGCUGGCACUCGUCAAGUAUUUCCUGAAUGGCUGUCGGGAUGGGUGGGUGUGUUUACCUGAGUGAAAGGGGGUAAGGACUGUGCUCCCAUUUCGGAGAUUGAUCACUUGGGGGUUUGAGGGGUUAAAUGUUGCGCCCAAGAUCGAGCCAGAAAUACACUGUAGCAGAGCUAUGAUUUGAACGUAGGUCCGUUUGACUCCAAAAAGCACGUGUCGUUGAUGAUGUGGUCACGUCUGUGUGCUGUGUUAGGUGUUGAAACAGGAGGGGGGAGCUGCAGGAGGCAUUGUUUUGCCAAGAAGGGUCAGGGACAGCUGUGGGGAAGGGGUGACAGGAGGAGCCUGCUAGGAACCCAGUGACUGCGGGAGGAAGAGGAGGGGAGGCUGCCUCAGCAGCAGCAGGAGCAGGAGCAGAUGCAGCCUCUGUUCCGUGGUGAAGGGCUUGGGUUCUGGGGGCAGGCGGACCUCGGUUCGAAGCCUGCCUCUGCCACUUCCUGUGGAGCAUCCUCUGCAAAUCCCUUAACCAGGGGGAUAACAGUGGGAGUGAUGAUAAUAACUAAGGGCGGUCCGAGGUUUUGUGCACCCUGCGCAGUUCCGCAGGGCCUAUUUAAGAUGAAGAGGGCAGCACACUUGUUUUGUGAAUGUGCCACAGACAUCUGAGGGUGUACUUUGAGGGGGUCCCUGUGACUGUGGUGACAGUAUCUUGGUGACGGGGUGG